CAACACGCAAGGCAGAAGCAAGCCGCUGAGCACAAGCAAGACUACCGUCCUGAGGCUUCACACACACACCCUUCGUCCCACGCCUCGUUGGUAUGGGAGUCUUCUUGAGCAAGCCGAGUGUGACCAAGUUUUCUGAAGAUGGCGAGGACAGCGAUGUCGGCUUCGGGGUGUCGUCUAUGCAGGGAUGGAGGAGGAACAUGGAGGAUGCACACCUGGCCUUGCUAGACCUACAAAAGCACCCGCAGGAGGGAGGGGAGCGGCAGGGGGGGGGCGAGGAGGUCAGGAUGUUCGGGGUUUUCGACGGGCACGGAGGCAAGGAAGUGGCUUUGUUCGUGCAGGAGCACAUGGCAAAAGAGCUGGUCAAGCUUGAGGAGUACAGGGGCGGAGACUACCCGAGAGCCUUGGCGAGGGUAUUCCAUCGCAUGGACGAGUUGCUAGAGGGGGCUGCUACCGAACUUGUGCGGUCACGAGGGGAUUUGACACAGGGAGAAUCGGGCCGAAGCGAGGCGGAGACGGAGGUUGGGGGCGAUGCCACCAAGGGCAAGGAAGGAGAGGAGAAGGAGACUAGAAGUGAGAAGAAGGAGGGCGUAACAGCGGGCGUUGCGGACAUGGAGACGGAGACGGCGUCCGCGGAGCUGCAUAAGGCUAUCUGUCAAGAGCUCGCGGAAUCGAGGAAAAACCCGAGUGAUGAGGAGGCCGAGGAACCACCAUUGAAAGCGGCGGCGAGCACUAUCCUUGGCUCACGGCGGGACUACGACAGCGAUGAGGAGGAUGCCGGGGUCGGCGGCGACGGCAGCAGCGGCGGGCACCGCAAUCUAAAGGACGAGGUUGGCGUAGUGGACGCCAGCGCUGCAGACAGUGGCGACAACGAUGUCCUCGAGCUCGGUUCCGGCGGGCCCAACGGCGGCGGCGGCAGAAAGAUCAAGAUGGCCGACGCUCUUGAGCUCUUCCAUCGGAUCCUGGACAUACGGAAAGACCAGCAACGCAUGGCCGCCGCUGCCACCGCCGCCACGAACGGUGCCGGUUCCGACCCUUCCUUCGUAGGAGGCGGGAAGGACGACGACGCUUCUACCUGCCCCACUCCCCUCCCCUCCGACACGGCCUGCGACGGUGGUGGAGAACCUAGAAGAGACGGUAGCGGUAGCGAUCAGGUAGCGCCUUCCGAGGGGGGAAUGAGGGGCGAGGCAGUGUCUGCGGGGGAACGCGGUGGGUCCGGGGAGGGCGCGGCGGGCGAGGAAGAGGAUGAGGAGGAGGGGGAGGAUACCUUCGGUGACAGUGACGAGUCGGAAGAGGACGAUAUCGUUGUCACCACCAGCCCUGCCGGGGGGGGGCGCGGAUCCCCCGGGGGUGCAGCGGCGGCGAGGCCUCGAUUAGGGCUUGGGUCAAGCCUCGCAUCGAUUGUUCACGGCCAGGGCGGGAACGCUCCGACGUGCAGCCUCCAAGAUCACCCUAUUCAGGCCGGGUGCACCAGCGUUGUUUGCCUUAUGGUCGGGAAGGUGCUGCACGUGGCCAACGCUGGAGACUCCAGGGCGGUGCUGUGCCGGGGAGGUGUGGCGGUGGCCUUGUCCCACGACCACAAGCCAAUGUCUGUCACCGAGAAACGUCGGAUCGAAGGAGCUGGAGGCUUUGUUAAUGCGGCAGGACGUGUAAACGGCAACCUGAACCUGUCGAGGUCUAUCGGUGACCUCAAGUAUAAGGCCAACAAGGAACUACCCCCGGCGGACCAGAUGAUUACGGCAGAACCGGACCUCAAGUCGGUGGAGGUCACCGAUGAGGACCGGUUCAUGAUACUUGCAUGCGACGGAGUCUGGGACUGCAUGACGAGUCAGGAGUGUGUUGAUUUUGUCGGCGCCCGAGUAGGCAAGAUGUCGCUGUCGAAGGUUUGCGAGGAGGUGAUGGAUGCGUGUAUGUCGGAUGACCCCCGAAGGACAACCGGCAUCGGCGGCGACAACAUGACGUGCAUCGUUGUCCUCCUUGACAAGACGUUCAGCGCGGAGACAUUGCCGCCGCGGGGAGAGGAAACGAAAGAUAGCGCCGACGAGGGCCCCAGCGGUGUUGCUGUCGAGGAGGGAGGCGCAGGAGCUUCUGCUGCUGGUCCGGCUACGGCUGCUGGGACUGCUGUUGCGGAUGACGAGGCACCGGCUAUCUCUCUGGAGGAAGGCAAGGAGAAAUGCCGCAGCCCUUUCGCGAGCAGCGGCGAUGGGUUCCAAGGUUGGGUCGGCUAAUUGGGCUCGACAAGGCGGCCCAGCUUGCUUUGAGAGACGCGGGAGCGCAAUUCCGUUUUAUCCCGUAGACUUGUUUUGUUGCCUUGAAAAGGUAAAAUAAUUAAGAGGCCUUGCGACGAUGAUGUUGAAUCUGGGGGGCGAUUCGACCAGUGUAGCCCCGGUACACGUAGCUGUGUUUGUGUUGGUAUGCAGUCUCUCUUUUGUUUUUGUUGAUGCUCUUCGGUUGCUGGCCUGUUCAUUAUCCCCGGAAGGCAAGCUGUGUCGUCCGACAGUGAACGAAUAACCAAUGGGCAGCUGGGUGUGUGUUUUGGCAACGAUCUCCGCUACCUGUUGCCCUGUGGAGUCGAUUUAGUUGGUGUCCUAACCCUUCCUCUCUCGCAUCUAUGAAACAUUAACAUUUACUCCAGUAGUCCAUGCUUUUUAAGACGCACACUCUUUGGUCUAGCACCCUGAAAAGUAUUUAGUAUGCACUUUGGACUUGACUUUGAGACGAUUCGCGCCAAGGGGCUUCGAUUUGGGCUGUCAGAGAUUUAUUUUUGUUCUCUGGGGGUGCGAUUGAUCGAUCGAGCGCCCUGUGAUCAUGCGUUUGGCUACAGUGGCUUGUGCACCAUAAUCCAUGAGGUUGAUGAUGUUUGGUGCUGCCCAUGGGUUGAUUGACCGGUUGUUGCCUCUCGGCGGAGGAUGGUGUCGUAAAUGUAGUCGGAAUGCAAUUGACCUCCUUCGUUAAAAAUUGGUUGCUCGACAUGCUAUCGGUUUGGUGCUUGUUGCGGACCUGUGGGCGAGAUCACCGCAAGCUCACCCGUGCAGAGCGAAGAGGACAUCUGUCUCCCGCCAUAUAGGAGAAGAUGGUGGAGGGGGCAGGCGAAAUUUGUCCAGGGUUUGUACAAGACGCACAUGCACCCACCCCCUCAAAGGCGGGCAAAGGCAAGGCCACGCAAAGCGCCCGUAGAGGCGGGUACAUAGGUUCCCAUCUUCUUAGUGCCUCUGAGGCAUCAAAUAGGCUUGACUGGCGUCGUAAUGAAGUGAUGCCUAUUUUGUUUCUGUUGUACGGUUCCCUGAUCGUGGCCGGGCGGUGGAUCGGUGUGGCUUUGGCGAUGUACAAGACAAGGAAGGGAAGCGAAGAGACACUGACCACCGCUGGCGGCGAAUAAUUUGUAGAUUUUUGUUUGUUUGCGUGUUUGCAGCGUUUGUUGGCGACUUGACUAGGUCUAGGUCUAGGUCUAGGUCUCUUGCGGGAUGUGUCGUGGCGUGAGGGGGGGGAGUCGUGUACACCGCUCGCUAUGCAAAGGAAUAUUCAGGUGUGUAACAUCUAGUUUGUACAUUCGACGGACUGCUGUGAGUGCUAGUUGGACUUUGCGCGAGUAGUAUUUUGGUUUGGUUUCGCAGGAUAACAUCAUGUAAAAUUUCGAUCAACCAACAUCAACGGCACUGUUUUUUCCGGGGGGUUGCUCUCUCUCACAUCAUGGAUCCUGUUUAGCGAAUGCUUCUGCUGCUAGGUCGUACUAACUUCAUAUCGGUGUUUUUGGUCGAGUGAAGCCAGG